UAUAGGUACGUGUUGUGGAGGUUCCUGGUGUAUCUAUGGAGUUAUGUGGUGGAACUCAUGUCAAUAAUACUUCUGAAAUACGUGGCUUCAAAAUAAUUUCUGAACAAGGGAUUGCAUCUGGAAUCAGGCGCAUUGAAGCUGUUGCUGGUGAAGCUUUUAUUGAGUAUGUCAUUGCCCGAGAUAACCACAUGAAGCAGCUGUGCUCCACUCUCAAAGUAAACGCUGAAGAUGUUACAACAAGAGUAAACAGUAUUUUGAAAGAUCUGCGAGAGGCAAGAAAUGAAGUUUCAGCUGCACGUGCAAAAGCAGCCAUUUACAAAGCAUCAACCAUCGUUAGCAAUGCAGUUACUGUAGGAUCUUCAACAAAGAUCAGGGUGCUAGUUGAGAGCAUGGAUGAUAUUGAUGCUGAUGCAUUAAAGAGUGCUGCAGAGUAUAUAGUGGAUACACUGCAAGAUCCAGCAGCGGUGAUUUUGGGCUCAUGCCCAGGUGAAAAAAGAGUAAGUUUAGUUGCUGCUUUUACUCCAGGAGUGGUUGAUCUUGGAAUUCAAGCAGGGAAGUUUAUAGGGCCAGUAGCCAAGUUUUGUGGUGGAAGAGGGGGUGGUCGGCCUAAUUUUGCCCAGGCAGGUGGAAAUGAGCCUGAGAAAUUGUUGAUUGCACUUGAAAAAGCUCGAGAUGAACUCAUCUCCAUUCUAUCUGAAAAGACAGGCUGAAAAUUUUUAUAUAUAUAUAUAUCAUAAUUUGCAACAUCAGUAUGAAACACUGCUCGUGCUCGACAUAGAUGCGGUUGGUAGUUCAAUGGCCUAAAAGCAUAGAUGUUACAUUUGUACUCCUAGUUAGGUAAAUAUCUCAUUACACAAUGUCCUUUUAAGAUAAAAGUGGUACCUAUGAUCUCUUCAAACUUUA